AACUCCCAGUCCUCUAUCUUCUCAUCCGUAAAAAUGAGUAUUGUUAUUUUCCCAUCUUUCCUUUUGGUCCUUGAGCACGGGGGAACAAGGUCGUGAAAACAAGGUCUUGGUGAGGUGCCGCCAUUUCAUCUGUCCUCGGUCUGUGCCUUUCGCAGGGCUUCCAGCAGCGCUAUGUUGGGCCAGAGUGUCCAGAGGUUCACAACCUCUGUGGUCUGUAGGAGCCACUAUGAGGAGGGCCCUGGGAAGAAUUUGCCAUUUUCAGUGGAAAACAAGUGGGCGUUACUAGCUAAGACGUGUUCGUACUUUGGAUCUGUAUUUGCUACACCCUUCCUUCUAGUAAGACACCAACUGCUUAAAACAUAAGGAUGUUUCAGUUCAUCCAUGUAACAGACAUGAAAAGCAUUUUAAGAGAUGCAGCCUCUGGAAAUGGAUCAAACUCUAACUCAUAUGGCAUACUAGAUAUGUUUAUCAAUAAACUUAUGACAUGAAUGCUUAAUGCCUCUUUUUUGAAAUAGGGAAUGUAAUAAUUGGCCAUUUGCCUACUUUGUUAUUUGGGUAACAUUCCAGUAUUACUCUGUGAGUUAGCUUAUUUAAUGGUGUUAAACUGAGGUUAUAUUAAAUUUUUGAUUUCCAGGUCAGGAUUUUAUUGGUAAUUUAUAUAAUAAAAGGGAAAUACAAAUCGA